GGUCGAUGACUGCGUAGGUAGAUGUGUGUAGUACUGCGUACACAAGUAAUAAUGAUUAAAGGGAGUUUGCAAUGGCGACCUAAAUGCUGCUGUCUGGAGGGUAGUGUUUGGGUUGAGGAAGCAGACGACAGAUUGUGAUGAAUAAUAUACUUGUUUUCCUGUGAUAAAAUAACUUGGUACAAAUACAAUAUAUACCGAUCCUCAUACUGGAAUACAAAACGUAAACAAAGAAGAACGACCUUAGACGCUGUUCACUAUUCUUUGUUGAAUUGGGACUUGAAGGAGGAUGAGGAAACGUCGGCUUUCCGUAGCGGACACAGGGUGGUCCUGGGCGGUAAUGGCCGGGUCGUUUGGUGCUCAUAUGGUUUCUGGUUGCUUCUUGUAUGCCGUCGGUGUCAUACAUAAUGCCAUCUUGGAGCGCUUCGAUGAGGACGUUGGUAAAACCGCAUGGGCGGCCGGUAUAUAUCUGGGUAUGGUGUCGCUUACAGGUGUCCUUGCCAGCGCCCUGAUUAAUCGGUACAGCUGUCGCGUCACCAUGAUCAUCGGCGCGAUCAUAAUGUCCGGAGGGUUCUGCAUCUGUGCGGUGGUCCCCUCCCUGGACUGGGUCAUCUUAUUCUUCGGAGGAAUCGGGGGUAUUGGAGGAGGUUUGACAUAUUCAGCUUCUGUAAUUGUCCUUGGAUUCAACUUCCACUACAAGAGGAACAUAGCGAGUGGUGUGGCUGUAUCAGGAUGUGGGGUUGGUACCUUCGUCCUGGCCCCGGCAGUAGAGGCAGCAAGAGAGACGUACGGAAAUAGUGGAGUAUUCUUUAUAAUAUCCGGUAUUGCUUUACACCAAGCGCUGUUCGGCUCACUGUUCUUUCCUUCAAAACUGGAAACAGAACGAAAGCAAAUUCGACAUCAAAACUCCAUAAACAAAAAAUCUAAAAAUAGAUUUGCUAUUUUGCGUACUAUCGUUCAUUCAUUCGCAAUUUUAAGAGAGCUGUCGCUGCUGUGUUUUUGUCUGAGUAUGUUCUUUGCGUGCGUAGGAAUCUACCUUGUGUACGUGCAUUUCCCUCGGUAUACAAUAGAAAUGGGCUCGACUCCUCUCAACGCUUCCUUCUUAAUGUCAGUUAGUGGUUUGUGCAAUUGUAUAUCUAGAGUGUUAGCAGGAAUGGCGGCCAAUUCUGAAAGUAUAAAUGAAAAUGUGAUGUAUUUUGGAACAUUUGGACUACUAGGAAUUUCAACUUUGCUUCUUCCACUGUAUGCUUAUACAUACGGAGGCCAACUAGCGUUUGCUGUGUUCUUGGGACUAUAUUCUGGAUGUUGUUAUUCCAUCAUCAAUACACUGAUUAUACAACUAGUUGGGAUAGAGGAACUCGCGACAGGUUUCGGAAUAUGUAUGUUCUUCUGUGGAAUUGGAUCUGUGAUAGGACCACCACUAGCAGGUGCAAUUGUUGACCAUGGCGGAUCAUAUGAAUAUUCAUUUAUGUUAGCAGGAUUUUGCAUCACAAUGGCUGCAGUUUUAGGACUGGCGAUAUCCUGCUUCAACAAAACAGGACAAACGUUUGCCCAUGAAGACCAGGAAAUAACCAUAAAUGAAAAUACCGAUAUCCUAAUAGGACAUUGUGGUAUGGCUAGAAAUGGACUCGGGGAACCUUAUAUAGAAACACAUCCUGCUAUCACGGAAAAUACAACUACGACCGAAUGCAUUAACAGUCAGGAAGGAGAAUUAGAGAAUGGAUUAUUAUAUGAUAUGCAAAGUACAUGACGACAUAUGGUUGAAUUACAUCAUUAUCGAUACAAAAUGCUAAUUAAUUGUCUUAUUUUAUAUUGAUUCAUCAAGUUAAACUUCCGUUUGUAAAUUUAACAUUCCUCUUUGUAAAAUCUAAAGUCUAAAAGACAGUAUUAAAUACUGACAUUGUAGCUUGAAUUUUAUUGCAAUAUGAUAUACCACCUAGAGAAUAUUUGAAUAUUUAGUAGUGGUUUACAUAGAUUGUUAGUUGUACUGGUGCCAACUGAGAUGUACUCGAGACUUAGCUUUUCUUCUAUGACGGGUACGUUUGCUUUUCUCCUUUAUUAAAUAUGCAAAACGUGAGAGUUUUGUAUCGUGGGGGUUAUAAAAUGUUAUGUAAUAUUUACUUAAUCUGAAGGAGUCUUGACAUUGCUUUGUAGUUAUCCUCCCUGUAUUUCAAUGGAGUCUGAAUAAUGCACUUCACAAUCAAAUCACACAUUGAAGGAUUUGAAUUUUGCAAGACAUAUUGCAUUACGUUUCAACAUAAUUCCCUUCCGUAUCUAUGCACUUUUGCCAGAGUUAUCUAAGGGCCUCAAUGUCACUUUUAUAGAACUCCUUUUCUUGACCUUUUCAGAAAGUCAUCCACUGCAUGUUAGGGUUAGGGUGCUUGAAAUAGCUGUUUUCAGUUUUGGAAAUAGAUGAAAGUCUGGUGUAGCGAGUUGAGGUGAAUAAAGCGGAUGCUCAAUCAAUUUAAAGCCACAAUUGUGAAUGGCAGCCAUGGCAAUGACACUCUUUCACUCUAGCACUAGCCCUAGCCGAUUGUGUCCAUUUUGCAAGAGCCGCUUAUCUUAGCGUGCUACCUUGUCGAUAUAAACUCACCAUAAGAGACCAGUCCUUAGGUACACGGCCCUAUAUAUUCAGAGAAUAGUAGGACUUAAAAAGAAGAACAUCAUUGAAUACCUCCUUUAAUAUGAAGGCUCACAAUUUAUCAAUCAGCCCUCGUAUCAAGAAGCUGCAGCUUAUCCAGAUUUUUUCACAUAUACUUUUUAUAUUUAUUCAGACGUUUAUUUUCAGGGUUUCAAACCAGAUUUUGAAAGUCUUCCUCUUUUGUUUUAUCCC